AUGGCUAUGCAAUUCACCGGCCUUCAGGUCGUAUCGUGGAUACUUCUUCUGGUCGGAACGGGAAUGUUGGUUAUUGCAUUCGUCUCCGACUACUGGUCUAUCCAUCAGCCCCGCAACCAAAUGGACAAUCUUCAAAUGCACCGCGGUGUCCUUCGUCAAUGCAUCACCACCCGACAUUAUGGAAGCUGCAAUUUCCGGUUGUCCAGUAUGUUCAAACAGCUGCGUAACUUCAUGGAUGGAUAUGAUAUGUACUCUGAACGCUCAAUGUAUCGGCAUCUACCAACACAAACUUAUGAAGUGUUCGUAGCACUAUUCCUUGCCAUAUCAUGUAUGGUUGCUGCUACAGUACUCCUAUUCGGUCCGUUCUGUUGCCAACGUUGCAAACCUUCGACUACUCUGCUCAUCUUCAUUACCGGUGCUUUCUCCGGAUCCGGUUGUCUCAUCUACUGGAAUGCAAAUCGUGAAGGAAAGACUUUCACUCUUCAACAGUUGCAAUUUCACGAUGUUUACCACUAUGACUACGGAAGUGACAUGAACACAUUAUCCUGGUCUUUCUGGAUGGCUGCAGUCAGCACUGGAAUCCUUCUCUGCUCCGCUUUCUUGCUCUGUGUUUCUUCCCGUGUGGACCCGGAUGUGGAAUUUGAAAACCCACCUGUCACCGAAGUUUGA